AUGUCGUCUGCUAUUGGAAGCACUGCACGGGAUGAUGAUGGUGAGGCUAAUGAUAAUAUAAGGUCAUUAACACGUCACGUGUCAAUAGCUGACUUUAUAGAAAGGUACCGUGGUAUCUCAUUUUCUAAGAACAGUGUUGUUUCACCGACACACGAGAAUAUCGUGCAGGUUUUGACUGACGCUGGUCUGGGAGACGUACUUGUUAACGAGAGCGAGGUAAUUCUUCAACAUUGGCAAGAACUAUAUCUACAAGAGUUGGCCGAAGCAAUAGAUGAAAAUCGUCAGCCGGGCCUUCAUUGUGUGGAUAAUCCGCUUUAUAUAACUCAACAUGAUGUUCUGUGUACUGAAGAAUAUAACUGCUCCGGUUCCAAAUUGAAUGAAUCUCAAAUGUAUGACGAAGUACUUCCGAAUGUUAAUCAGAGUCAAACAGGCGCUUCAAAUUGGCAUUUAAAGCGCCAACAGGAAAUCAGGAACGAGGGAGAUCGCAGUCGUAGUACCAGAAAAACUCUAGAGCAAGAUCACGUGAGCCGCGCGUCAAACAAUCAGGAUUUAACAGUAAGUGAAAGUCCAUUCAAUAUGACGGCUGAUGAACAUAUACAUGCCGGAAAUGAGAGAGUUGGUGACGAAUGGAUGAAUGGUGAAGAAAUGAUCAUGACGUCAGCAAGAGGACAGGAACCAGGUGAACAAACAGACUCGGGAAGCAUGGUCUCUGAUUGGAUGGAACAUAAUGCGCAUUAUGCAAAUGUCACCGGAAAUGCCGACAAUAUGGAGCACACAUUAAUCGAUCAGGCAAAAUCAGACCAUGGAAGCAUUGCACUAGAUCCACGCUGGUGGGACCGGUUUCAGAUGAUGCCACGUGAGCAGGUGUCCAACAGCGCCACCUUUCAAACUGUGUUUAAAUUCUUUAAAGUCGUCUGCUAUAUUUUUAUUAUGAUUAUGGUUCUUACGUCAGCAGUCGUCAACAAAAUUUGUGUUCUUAUAAUGACGUCAAGCGUGACCAAGGACCCGUUAACAGAGUCUCAAUGGCCAGUGAAGACCAUGUUACUAAUCAGUAUUUGUUUCCCAUACUCCAUCUGGUUUCUGGUGUAUUCUGGGAAAUCUGUUUUUGGCAGUACAACAUGGCCGUCGCUGUCACUUUUGUCAUCGGUUCUCUUUAUUGAACUACUGCACACACUUGGUUUGAGUCUGCUUGUCUUUCGCGUGCUACCAAUGUUGGAUAUGCUCAGAGCCUUUAUCGUUCUCGGAAGUAUCUACACCGUGCCAGCAUUCCUCAAGACUAUCUUUGAAGGUAGAGACCCUAACACAGGCCUAGCAAGAAAGUGUUCAAUAUUUGUGCUGAAUUUUGGAGCGUUUCUUAUUCAAAUAGGAAGCAUUGUACUAUGUGAAAUGUUUCAAAUUUCAAUGUCGCCAUCCGAAAAAAUGGGUAUCCGAAAUGCGGUUUUACAAGAUGAUUUAUCAGUAAUUGUUCCACGACCGAAUUUAGGCAAGGGAUUUUUCAGAAACGAGGUUUUGUUUGAACUCCCUAUAGCUCUAGUAUUGAUAUCUGUGUCUUACUGGGAAAAUUACGUAGAAGGAGAGUUUUCUAUAUUUGGAAAGUCAAUGAAUUUCAAAAACUGGAAGAAACAUUUACAUCACGCUAGAGGACGCCUUUACAUAUUCGCUAGUAUUUGGAAAGCUUGUUGGGUAAUAGCAUUUGCAGUUCUGCUACAACCUGGAUUUAACUUUAACCUGAGCUAUACUAACCCAGCUCAACAAAAUGAUACGAUUUCCCCUCGUUCUGUCCGUGCAAUACAACACCAAGGUCAAAAUAUAUUUCGUGACACCAGAUUCACUCGACGUGAAGUUGACAGUGAUGCUCCUAAUGCUACAACAAUCAAGACACACGUAAUCAACUUUAUUUCGGAAACGACUUCCGCUUUGGUCACGACUGAAGCCUACACUGACGUCACUUCCCGGGCUCCAAAUGUCAACAAAUCAGAUCCUGAUCAAAACAUGUUCUAUUUUUCACCUGAAACAAUGCAACAUUUUGAAGAGUAUGGAGUCUUUUAUAUUCAGAUUAUAUCCAGUACGUUGUUAGCUUAUUUCGGGGGCACCGCGUGCAAGCUGUGCAUGCAAAUGAUAGGAUUUUCACUUCCGUUGUCAUUGACAACUCCAAUAAGUGUCGCUGUUGUCGUGUUACAAAACAUUUAUGAAUUUCUUCCGACUGGUUCCUUCGUUUGGAUUGGUGUCGAAAACGGAAGCAAUACGUGGAUUCUACACCUGGCUUGGUUGGGCGUUCUUUGGCUUUCUGAGCUUUAUAUUACGUCACAUAUUUGGUUUCCAGGCAACGGACGCAUGGAGAAAAUAGACAGAUUGUUUAUUACCCCAAUCCGAUGUAGUAUAUUUGCCGACCAAUCUCUAAUUCUACGGCGCCGACGUAAUGACCAUGACACGAGCUUAACUCCUGAUACUGAUGAAGAUUACUACGACCCGGAAAUUGAUCAGUAUAAAGCAGACGAUGUUGUGCCACAGAUCUACGCAUGCGCAACAAUGUGGCACGAGACACGGGCGGAAAUGACGAAUCUGCUUAAAUCGAUAUUUCGAAUGGACAUAGAUCACAGUGGGAGAUAUUUGGCACAGAAGUUUUACAAAAUCAGAGAUCCCGACUACUACGAGUUUGAAGCGCACAUAUUUUUUGACGAUGCGAUGGAGCUAUCGCACGAUGACCUUUUAGUACCAAACAUGUUUGUUGCUGAUUUACUGGAAUGUAUUGACGAUUCUCUAAGUUCAGUUCACGAGCGUCAGAUGUCCCUAGGUCCACCCAUUAGAACCCCUACACCUUACGGAGGCCGGCUGACGUGGCGACUUCCCGGUGGUACCCGGCUUAUUGCACACCUGAAAGACAAACAUAAAAUUAGACAUAAGAAACGAUGGUCCCAGGUGAUGUACAUGUACUAUCUCCUUGGAUACCGUAUCUUAGCACAGCCUGAAAAUUUGCUUACGAAGGACAUGAUCGAAGGCUUCAGGUCCGACGGAGAAUUGAAGAGGGUCCGGCUUACUGAAUCUCAACUUCGCCGGCGUCGGAAAGCUGCGCACUUCACUAGAAGUGUUAUUUUUAAUUACGUAACAGAUGAAGUCCAUAUUCAGGCGGAAAACACAUAUAUUUUGACUUUAGAUGGCGACGUGGACUUUCACCCUGAUGCCGUGCGUCUGUUAGUUGAUAGAUUAAAGACCAAUAAGAAAGUAGGAGCGGCUUGUGGACGUAUACAUCCCAUCGGCUCCGGCCCACUGCUGUGGUACCAACAGUUCGAGUACGCUAUCGGACAUUGGCUUCAGAAGGCAACGGAACACGUGUUCGGCUGUGUUAUGUGCGCACCUGGAUGUUUUAGCCUCUUUAGAGGUUCUGCUCUGAUGGACGAUAAUGUGGCUCGAACCUACGCCACCAGGGCCACAGAGGCCGGUCACUACGUGCAGUAUGAUCAAGGUGAAGACCGCUGGCUGAGUACUUUACUUUUACAACAAGGUUACCGUAUCGACUAUUGCGCAGCCUCCGACGCAUUGACGCAUGCGCCGGAAACCUUCUCUGAAUUCUUCAAUCAGCGGCGUCGCUGGGGCCCGAGCACACUUGCUAACAUUGUAGACCUUUUAGGUGGCUGGAAAGCAGCAAUCAGCAUCAACGACAACAUAAGCACGCUGUAUAUUCUGUAUCAAUUUUGUCUCAUGGUAUCCACAAUUCUUGGUCCAGCAACAAUCUUGUUAAUGUUGGCAGGAGCAUUUGUUGUCGUAUUUAAGUUGACCGUGAUAGAAUCCUACUGUUUAGCUUUGAUACCGGCAAUCUUCUUUAUUAUCGUCUGCAUCUACGCCAAACCAAGUACACAGAUGACGAUUGCAUCAAUUAUGAGUGCAGUGUAUGCAAUAUUAAUGACUGUAGUUUUAGUUGGAACUGUAGGCCAAGCUAUAGAAGGCGGUGUCACCAGUCCCAAUGUUGUGUUUUUGGUAAUGCUCGUGCUAAUAUUCUUUAUAUCCGCCAUCAUGCACCCGGAGGAAUUCUUCUGUGUCAUUCCAGGCGCUCUUUAUUUUAUAUGUCUUCCUACAGGCUACUUGCUUUUAACAAUGUACUACCUAUGUAAUAUGAACACGGUAUCAUGGGGAACGCGAGAGGUCCCAAAACGUAAAACAAAAGAGCAAAUUGCGGAAGAAAAACGUGUUGCGGAAGAAAAUCGCAAGAAAAGAGAAGAAAGGAAAAAGGGAAUCCUUGGCUGGAUGGGGUUGAAUUCAUUCUUCAAAGAUGUCGGGGAAGUCUUUAAGCAAUUAAGAACAGAAGCUUCUCAUUAUGAAAAAUCAAAAACAGAUGUUUUGCUAGAGGAGCUUAUCCACGAAAUACGUAGAAGUAGAGAAAACAAAGACAGUGACAAAUUAACGCCAAUGCGCAUGCCUGAAAUAAAACCGGAUACCGAACAGUGUAAUGAAGAGCCGAAUACAGAUCUGGUAACAGAAGAGACCAAACAAGAGGAGGAUGAGGCAAAGUCUGUAAAAAAUCAUGAAAACAGCAUACCUGUUUGGUUACAACGUGAAGAUGCCGACAAUCCUGGUUGGCUACAAUCUGCUAUAUGCGGGGAUGGUCCAAUUAAAAGCCUAAAUGAGAAGGAAUCUAUUUUCUGGAAGCAAAUUAUCAUGAAAUAUUUAUACCCACUGAAUGAAGACAAAAUUCACCAAGAAAAGGUUCAACAUGAUCUCAAGAAUUUAAGAAAUAACGUCGUGUUUGGAUUUUUCAUGACAAGUGCACUCUGGAUCGCAUUGUCAAUGCAGUUGCAAAUACUCCAGGAAGAUCUUAAAGAUACUUUAUUCUUUAAAAUUCCACGCUGGGAAAUUUCAGAUGAUCUUGCAUUUGAACCGCUUGGUCUAAUAUUCCUGGCAUUUUUCGCUACGAUACUGUGCGUACAGUUUUUGGGCAUGUUCAUUCAUCGAUGGGGUACAAUGCUACAUAUGCUAUCAAUCACGGAUAUAUCUUGCGGGAAAACGUUCACGGAGAAAGACAAAGUUCGGGAGAUAAUUAUGAAGUCGAUGGAGCUACAGAAAUUAUGUAAUAUUGAAAACGAGCCGACUCCUGACUAUGAAGAUUCGUUACCUGACUAUGAGCCAACGGAUGACGAAGAAUAUUACGAAUCUCAGUCUGUAGUGACAAGUGAUUCAGCUGAUGUUUCUACAUGGUCCAACAACCCGCCAGCUUAUGAAACCAUGUCAGCAGCCAUGAUGCAUCGGAAUGGUCGGCAAGAUAUCUUUAAUAGACGCGGGAACGCAAGUGGGGCGGCGCUGCGAAAAGCGUUCGAGAAGCGUUUUAGGAAUGAGAAACAGUUACACAGAAUGGACGCUGACGUGCCCAUCAAUAGCAGGAUGUAUAGCAUGGGUGAAAAUGAUGCAGCGUCAAUUGUAUAGCUAUACUACGUUGUGUUGAAAUUUCGUUUCUAAAUUCCGGACGCUAUAUAUAUAGAUAGUUAAAUUUGUUCAAAUAUUAAUACUUUACAAGGAAA